AAGCUCCUCUACUGUGAAAGCGAGAGCCUUCGAAAUGGCGCCUAAAAGAGAGAAGGAAGCCAUCCCUGUUGUGGAGCUAGACAGCGACGACGAUAACGGUGCCGGAGUCGGAGCACCGAACCAGAACAACAAUGCCUCGUCGACCGGAGCACCGCCGCAAGCCACACCUCAACCGCAGCAACAGCCCUUGGCUCCCAACUGUCAAACCCUAGACUCUCGUAGUUUCUGGAAAGCCGGCGACUAUGCCGUGGGACCCACCGCCAGGCCCUAUAUUUCCCAAGGGCAGCUGGAGCAUGCCCGGGUCCAUCCCAAGUUUCUUCAUUCCAAUGCUACUUCGCAUAAAUGGGCUUUUGGCGCCAUUGCUGAGCUAUUGGACAAUGCUGUUGAUGAGGUACAAAAUGGUGCAACUUUUGUGAGAGUUGAUAAAAUUGAUGUUGUGAAAGAUAACUCCCCAGCCUUACUUUUCCAAGAUGAUGGUGGGGGAAUGGAUCCUGAAGGUAUGCGCAAAUGCAUGAGCUUGGGUUAUUCUACUAAAAAGGCAAACACGACUAUUGGGCAAUAUGGUAAUGGAUUCAAGACAAGUACCAUGCGGCUAGGUGCUGAUGUCAUUGUUUUCAGCCGUGCAAUUCGCGCAGGCAAAGCUACCCAGAGUGUUGGUCUUUUAUCUUAUACGUUCCUCCGGAGAACUGGACAGGAUGAUGUUAUUGUUCCAAUGAUUGAUUUUGACAUCUCUGGAAACUGGGUUGAACCAAUAACUUAUGGCUCGCAGGAUGACUGGACUUCUAAUUUGAAAACAAUCCUAGAAUGGUCUCCCUUUGCAUCAAAGGAGGAUCUCAUGCUACAGGCAGAAACAUAUGCUCGCUAUCACAUUUCUACAACCACAGUAGUGGAUAUACAGGCUGCCCUUUUUUUAAAACCGAAUUUUGAGGAAAUUGGAGCCCAUGGAACAAGAAUAGUUAUAUACAAUUUGUGGCUAAAUGAUGAAGGAAUAUAUGAACUGAGUUUUGAUGAUGAUGAUGAGGAUAUACGGUUGAGAGAUGAAGCUGCCGGUGGAAAGUCAACUAAAGUACAACAAAAAAUACAAUUCCAUAUAUCUUACCGUAUGCGCUAUUCAUUGAGGGCAUAUGCUUCCAUUCUGUACCUCAGAACAUUCACGAACUUCAAAAUUGUAUUAAGGGGAAAACCUAUACAGCAAUAUCAUAUUAAAGAUGACUUGAGAUAUUUAGAAGUUAAAACAUACAAGCCUCAGAUAACAACAUUGAAUGAGGUUAUAGUGGAAACAACCAUUGGAUUCAUAAAGGAGGCGCCUGAUCUUGGAGUUACUGGAUUCAACCUGUACCAUAAAAAUCGCCUCAUCAGGCCCUUUUGGAAAGUCACAGCUGAUGGUUCUUCGAAAGGGAACGGUGUUGUUGGAAUUCUUGAAGCAAAUUUUAUAGAGCCAGCACAUGAUAAGCAGGAUUUUGAAAGAUCUUCAUUGUUUUUCCGUCUUGAAACUAGGCUGAAACAAAUGGUAAAUGAGUACUGGAAAACCAAUUGUCACUUUGUGGGAUAUCAGCCCAUUGGUGCACGCAACCUUCAGAAGGAUCAGACUUUUAAACCUUCUGUUGGAGUUACACCAAAAGAUAUGCAUCUGGAUCAAACUAUGGCUGGCCUUUCUGCUAAUGUCCUUCAAAAUGAUUCGCGAACUAAGUCAUCGGAAGUAGUGACGUCUGCCGACAAUAGAGAGCCCAUGUCAGUUGAUGAGAUAUGUGAAGAGAAUAUACAACUUUUCAUGAGGUGUGAGGCACAGGUGCAGAAGGAGACUGAGUUGAGGCAGACGAUUGAAAACCUAGAGAAGGAAUUGGAGAUGGCCAAAAGGAAGAGCGCUCAACUUGCUUCAUAUUUAGAGACAAAGAGGAAGCAAAAGAUAAUGAAACAACCUACCGAAACGGUUUGAUAAAAUCUUAGAACUACAUUCUGAACCGGUCACUGCAACUAGACCAACGUUGAAGAGAUCCACCUGCUGACACUUCUUCUGAAUUUGUAUAGACCGUAGCUAUAGAUCACAUGUUUUUGUGCUUUUGGACAGCGCUUCACAGGCCUACUCCACCUUAGUUCGGGAUAUAAUUUGAAGAAUGCUUAAUACUACGAAAGAAUGUACAUGAACGUAUGUAAUGAAAUGUGAAAAAAUGAAUGCAACUCUUUGGAAGCCUCAUUUGUUACA